AUGGGCAUUUUUGGUCUUGUUGAUUGCUUGUUGGAGAAUGAAGGACCUUUUGCUUUUGGAGAAUGGAUACUUGGGUGCCACGUGAUGAGCAUGGAUAGGUCCACCAAAAAUCUUUUCCAAAUGAUGGAGAUUGUUACUUGUGAAUAUCCAUAUCCUAAACGUAAAAAUCCGGGACGGAUAUACAAGAAGGUUAUCUCGGGUAUAAAGCCGACUUUGCUUGAUAAGGCUGUAAAAGUUUGUCAAUCCCUUACUCGCGCUAUUAAUUGGAUAGGUCGACGAGAGGGUAAUAGAUCAUUUUCCUCUACGACAAAAGCAGCACCUAACUUGGAAGAGAGAGCAUCCUUUUUCGUUGAAAGCGCACGUGCAAGCGAACCACGGUAUGAAAAGGGUGAUAGCAACAAGGCUUGUCCUGAAGACAGCUUUCCUCUUUCCAAAAUCCACAGCUUAGUGGAUUCCACCUUCAACUGUAAGAGGCGUGUUUUAUUUCAUUUUUACUGCUCUGAAAGCAAAAAGGAAGGUCGCAAUUGA